CUUGUUUUACAUUUGAUUAUUUUUCACAUUAAAAAAAAAAUCAACUUAAUGAAGACCUCAAAGACAUCUUGGAAGUGUUUUCAAAGGCGUCCCCCAACGUGAAAUCUCAGGAGUAUGUCUUUGGUGCAGCCUCUGAGGAGAACAAAAUUGCUUGUGCUGCAUCCACCUUUUUUCAUUCUUUAAGUUUCUGAAUCACGCCGCUGCAUCGGAGUGGAAUGGAUUCCUUUACAUUCUCAACAAACUGAAAUUUUUUUUUUUCACUAAGAGUCGGCAUAUGUGUGGAUGGAGAGAAACGUUGUGAUGUGGGAGCAACAUGAAACAUCAGGCUGACUAUUUUUAGGAGCUUCUUCCACACCUCCACCUCCCUCCCCUCUCUCUCUCUGUCUCUCUCUCUCUCUCACACCCUUCUUCUCUCGAAAUCCCGCCACAUUCGGCGACAUUCAGCCGGCGACGAGGACCGAAGCCGAUGGAGCGUCCGGACCGUGUCCACAUUUUGGAUUCUCUCUCAUCGCCAUCAACUUGUGACUUGCCGCAUUGUGCCGGUUGAAGUUGAAGCCGCGGAAAAACCUCCUGGCAGGCAUGUCGAAGCGCUUGCUGCUAUCCUCAUGAAUAUUUAUGGGGAAAGCUAAAGCGGAGCUUCAGUUUUUUUUUCAUUAUUUUAUUUUUUUGUGCGGUGCAUCUUCUUUGUGCCCGCGGGAGAUAGCUACCAAGGAUGCAUCGUAACUAUGGCGUCCCUAAACUUGGAUGAAGGCAAGUUUUUACACUUCACUCCCGCUCAUCCGUUAUUAUUUUCGUGCUUUUCACCUUCGUUAUUGUCGGAUGUAACUCCAGCGGAUUCAGAUAUGGCCAACGCGUUCGAUUCUUCAUCAUCGGAAGAAAUCAUAAUUUAGUUUUGAUUGAGGAAAGAAACAAUUCGGAAGUUUCUGGCUGAAGCGGUCGCAGAUGAUGUCCAUUUUUUACCAAGAAGCUCAAUCGUCAUCUGGAUUGGAAAUCAAAAUCAGUCAUCGAGGAUCCUCAAUACGACACUCUUUGCCGUAAAAAAAAAAAACCCUCACAUCGUCAUCUGGAAUGAAACCCAAGCCUAAAGAGUUGCCAUCAAGGAUUCUUCAGAACUUCCUCCGACGCUGUGACAGCAGUGGACAUUUCAGCCCCUCUGACAUGACGCCCGUCCCGGACUGAAAAACCAUUUCGGGGGCCUAACGGGGGCGAUGGCGGCGGCCAUCGCCAGCUCCCUGAUCCGACAGAAGCGUCAGGCCCGCGAGUCCAACAGCGAGAAGGUCACCAGCAACAAGAGGCGCUCCAGUCCCACCAAAGAGCCCCGAGGCUUCAGGCACAUCUUUAGCGUCUUUAGCAAAGUCCGCUUCUGCAGCAGCGGUGGCAAGAAGAAACCGGUGCGACGGAAACCAGAGCCGCAACUGAAGGGCAUCGUGACGCGUCUCUUCAGCGAGCAGGGCUUCUUCCUGCAGAUGCAACCCGAUGGAACCAUCAGCGGGAACAAGGAUGAGAACAGCGACAACACUCUCUUCAACUUGAUCCCGGUCGGUCUACGGGUGGUGGCCAUGCAAGGCGUCAAGGCGGGACUCUACAUGGCCAUGAACGCAGAGGGCUUCCUUUACACGUCGGAUAUCUUCACGGCCGAGUGCAAGUUCAAAGAGUCGGUGUUUGAGAACUACUACGUCAUCUACUCGUCCACGCUGUACCGGCAGCACGAGUCGGGCCGGGCCUGGUUCCUGGGCCUUAACAAGGAGGGCGUCAUCAUGAAAGGCAACCGUGUCAAGAAAACCAAACCCUGCUCGCACUUUGUGCCCAGACCCAUCGAAGUGUGCAUGUACAAGGAGCCGUCACUGCACGAGCUGGAGGAGAAGCUGCUCAAGUCCUCGCGGAGUCCCACCAUUAACGGCGACGAGCAAGGCCGGAGUCCCCAGAGAGCCAUGGCGGGUCAAGACGGGCAGCGGGAAGACGACGACGACGAGGACUUCACAGAGCGGGAGGGCUCGUAGCCUGCAGCGCCCCCCGCUGGAGAACUCCCAUAUAACACUCCCCACUGUUCCGCACCAACCGACAACCAUGACGAUGGAAACGCCAACCCAAACAAGCCGAAAAAAAGAAGCGGGAAAAAAAAGGGCAAGAAUCCUCUUUCAAUCUUCUUUUGGUGAUGACGAUGUACAUUUUAUGCAAAAGGCCCGGAGGCUAGCACAUCUACUCUUCAUCGUCAUCGUUACCGUGACGACAAAGCGUCCCCCUUCCCCCGAGUCGGUCGAGCGCCGAGAACUCCAAAGCUUUAAGCCAUGUAGAAACGUCACCAUUAUCAUUGUACGCUUUUUUUUCUCUCUAGCAAUGCAAACACUUGUGCACUUUCACACUUAAGCUUUUUGUGUUGCCACAUCGCAGCCUAUAAUUUGAAUUGAGGAAAGGUUAAUGCAAGUGUGUGCGUGCCCUGACGAGAAGAACUUGUCCACAUUGUUUGGUCAUCAUUCAGAUGUUAAACUCGCAGGCUGCGGUUUGACUUAACUUUCUGUUUGUAAAACGUAACGCUGCCAAAGUACGCCAUUAAGAUCCAGACAACUUCCCUGUAUCUCAUAUCAAGCAUGUUUUAUUUUGCUAAUAUUUCAUCCGGGUCGUCCGCGUCACUCGCUUCCCGAAUGAAUGUUCCGUAGAGUGGAUGGCGUUGCAGUGUGCAUGCUAGGCUACUAGUUGAAUCCAUUAAGCUAGCAGAUGAGUCUGCGUGCACUCGACACCCCUUUUAUUUGUUUUUAUUCCCCUUGUGGGCUGGAUUCUGAUCGGUUCAAAUCAAACCAAGAGAGGAAAAAAAAGACAGUUUUGAGCGUAAAUGCGUGCAAGCCAAUCGUCGAAAAAUCUUUAGGGCCUUGUAAUAGUAUUUCCAGUACAUGGAACUUAAGCAGAAUAUCAAGGAUAUGGAAUUAAUGCACUUAAAUCCAUUUUAUGAUCACGACACUCAAGUCUUAAAAUUGAUUGAAGCAAAUUAGUUCUAUUUAAAACAUUCUUUGUAAUAUAAUAUGUUGGGUUUCUCUUUCAAAAAAUCUGUGAAUUCAUUAGGAAAAAUAUAAUAAUCAUUUGACAUAGAAAAAAAUAUCCCAAAUCGAGUUAGUUCUCAUGUAAAACACAAAUUUAAAAAUAAUCAUGGAAAUUUAAUUUUGAUUGAUUUUCUGAUGGAAAUAUUUUCCUCCCAUUAGUCCGCCUGCCUCUGACGCAAAAACGUUCUUUUUUUUUUUUUUUUCUUCGCAAAUGAAGUGUCCAUCCACCCCGACAGCUGAAUUGUGAUGCAUGCUUGCUUUGUCGUUUUGUCUGUGGGAACACUGAUGCGCGGCAACGGACCAAUCACCAUCUACGUCUCACUGCCUCGAAGAAAGUCUUCCAAUCAGAGUUUUUGAGCAUCAUUUAAGAACGUCAGACGCUUUUGAAUCAUCUCUGACUAGUCGCGCCCUUUUGAGGGUUGCAAAAUCAAUGUUGGAAAUUAUUCAUGAGAAUAAAGCAGAUGUCAAGCAAGUACGAGUACAACUCGACUAAUUUACACGAUUUUUCAAUCGCAAGAUUACAAGUGGCGAGCGGUUUAUCUGAAGCUUCCUAAUUUUGUGAAAAAUCUAAAAUGUAAAUUUGGUGUACUCGUUAGUCAAGGUUAUCACGAGAGUGUCUUAAUAUUGCUUUGUGUUCUCCAGUCGGAACAAACUUGCUCACUUUAAAUCAUUUUAGCCGUUGAAAUGAUCGGAAAAGGAAAGAAAAAACGAGCCACCAGAGAGAGCCGCUCGACCAUGUUGAACCGUUGUUGAACCUGCCGCAGCCUUUUUUUUUUCUUUUGCGUUCUUGUUUGUGUUUGCUGAUGUUUCUGCUUAUUCCAGACACACUCAUCAUGUAGUAGAAAAUAUCGCAAUUACUCAGCAGCAGGAUGAAAAGAUGAUGGAAAAAUAAAAAGGAAUGAUACAACAAUUA